CUGCCGAAAGCAGAAAGAAAAGUUGUGCACGGCUCACUUUAUAACUUUUCAGAUUUCAGCCAGCUCCUGUGGCUAACUGCCAUGAUCCAGGCAACAGCAAGCGGUCUCUCUGCUGACAGCCGGGGGAGGGUGGUCGUCCUGUGAAGAGAAGCCUGAAGCACAGUGAGAGAACUGUUUCCAUACAGCCAUGAUACCUGUGCGGAACAUGGAAGACCUUCACCAGCAUUGCCAGAGAAUAGGAGAGGAAGAGUGGAAGGAUGACAAUCCAGGAGGCAGCCGCAGCAGCCACGGCAGCCUGAGGAAGCUUCCGGCUCAAACAGGCUUUGGAAUGCUUACUCUUCUGUCAUCAGCCAUUGCUGCUGUCAGUGGACUUUUGAUGGGUUAUGAACUUGGUCUUAUCUCUGGAGCUCUUCUUCAGCUAACUAGCAUAUUAGCACUUUCGUGUCAACAACAGGAAAUGGUUGUAAGUGCUCUUCUAAUUGGCGCUUUGCUAGCUUCAUUGACUGGUGGGUUCCUGAUAGAUAAAUAUGGCAGAAGAAUUACCAUUAUGAUGGCAUCUUGUUUACUUGUACUGGGAAGUCUAGUCUUGAUCCUUUCUGCCUCAUAUGGACUGCUUAUAAUAGGACGGAUUGUGAUAGGGGUUUCCAUUUCACUGUCCUCAAUUGCAACAUGUGUGUAUAUCGCUGAGAUUGCCCCACCGCACAGAAGAGGCUUACUAGUGUCUUUGAAUGAACUCAUGAUUGUAGUGGGUGUUCUUUUUGCUUACAUUUCAAAUUAUGCAUUUGCCAGUGUUUACCAUGGCUGGAAGUACAUGUUUGGCCUUGUUAUUCCACUGGGCACCUUGCAAGCCAUUGCUCUAUACUUCCUUCUACCAAGUCCUCGGUUCCUGGUUAUGAAAGGCUUUGAUGAAGCUGCUAGCAGGGUGCUUGGAAAGCUCAGGAAAACCUCAGACACUACUGAAGAACUUGCUAUGAUCAAAUCUUCCUUGAAAGAUGAGCACCAGUACACUUUCUUUGAUCUAUUCCAUUCAAAAGACAACAUGAGGGCCCGGAUGCUGAUAGGAAUCACUCUAGUGUUCUUUGUCCAGACAACAGGACAGCCUAACAUCUUAUUUUAUGCAUCAACAGUUUUGAAGUCAGCUGGAUUUCAGAGCAAUGAGGCAGCUAGUCUGGCCUCUACUGGUGUUGGAGUGGUCAAAGUGAUCAGUACAAUCCCAGCUACUCUUUUUGUGGACCACAUAGGAAGCAAGACAUUUCUCUGUAUUGGUUCAUCCCUCAUGUCUGUGUCAUUAGUCACCAUGGGUGUGGUGACACUUAACAUACACAUGAAUUUUACUACUGUUUGUAAAAACCAAACUUUGGAAGAUUCUUCAUUCCAGAAGGUGCAAAAGCUGGCCACUGCAAAUGCAACUCUUGAGGACCAAUUUGUUGGCAUGGCUUCAUCUGGCAGAAUUUCACAAUGGGAGGUUGAACGUUCUAAUACAGGGACGCCGAACAGGACAGCUAUGGCAGGAGUCACAGCCUCUGUCUCAAGCCAGGCAGAAUUCCAUAUAGCAACAGGAGCUGCAGGAGUUCCAGAGGCUCUCAAAUGGCUCUCUUUGGUCAGUUUGCUUGUUUACAUUGCUGCUUUCUCCGUAAGCCUUGGACCAAUGUCCUGGCUGGUAUUGAGUGAAAUCUUUCCUGGUGGAAUCAGAGGAAGAGCAAUUGCUCUAACCUCAAGUGUGAACUGGGGUGUAAAUCUCUUGAUCUCAUCAACUUUUUUGACUAUAACAGACCUAAUUGGUUUACCAUGGGUGUAUUUUAUUUAUGCUUUGAUGAGCCUAGCAUCAUUGGCAUUUGUCAUUGUCUUCAUACCUGAGACAAAAGGGUGUUCCUUAGAGCAAAUUUCCAUAUUACUUGCAAAACAAACCCAUAGAAAGAGUACCCUUUGCAAGAUGAAUCAUCACCAGGAUCAACUGAUAUCUAUAGAACUUUCCAAGAAAUAACCCCAUGAACAACUCUACUAGAGAAAGGCAGAUGCAUGUAUCCAAUGGAAAAAAAAUUUUUUUCAAGAAGACAAAAUGGCUCAUUGUUCACAUUAUGCAGUCACUAUGUUCAUAUAAUUAGUAUAAAUAAGCUUUUCUAUAUUCUGUUUUAGUAAUGGGCUUUUUUGCCGGUGGCAACUGUAAAAGUACUGUAAAGUUUUGCACAUAAAUACAAUCCUCUAAUUAUUAGUUUAUGGGAACUGAUAGAAUAAAAUCUUACAAAUGUUAUACAAGAUAUCAACAUUGGAAAUUUGUGAAGGCUUCUUUUUCAGCACAACAGGUUGUAACUCCACAAUUCAGAGAAAUAUCUUUCACUAAUGUUUUAGGGUACUAUAUCUGGCCAAAAUGGGGGGAUGGACUUCAUAGGUUACUGGUUUGAAACCUUAUGCAAACUUCUAAUUUCUAAAAUCCUCAGGUCUAACUAAGGAAUGGGAUGAGAAAUGGCUAUAGGAGCAGUUAGCAGUGCUGCGAUGACUACUGUAAAAAGAACAAAUCCAUUGCAUUGCAGGGAGAGUGGACUAUAAAUUCAAUAUAAAUAAAUGAAUAAACUCUUGAUUUAAAAAGUCAUGUAUUAAAUGGCUGCUUUUACAACUAGUAAAAUUGACAGUAUUUCAUCAACCUACCAUAUUCUUUCUAAGAAUAAUCAAUUACACCUUUUUUCUAGUAACACUUUAAAAACAAGUCAGAAAAUUAAACCCAUAAUCCUAUCACCACCCCCUUCCCAAUACCGUCCAGUCUUAGAUGCUACGUUAGCCAAACCCCAAGUAGUAUCUUGAUGGGAAGCAGCUAAAAAAAAUGUGCAAUAUCUUGUAACAGGGAAAUGCCACACAACAGUAUAAGUUUAGCAGGUACUCAGUAUGGGUCAGUAACAUGUCACAGCCAUUUGUUCACUGUCAUUGAUCACCAGCCUUGUAUUUUUAGCUACUUUUCUAGACCAUGCUAGUGACAUUAAUACCCGCAGAUAAAAUCUAAUCCAGAAAUACUGGCUUGUAUCUGUGUACAGAAAGCACACUGAGGUUUUGUGUGCUGCUCUCCAUUCCUGCAACCUCUUCUAGCCCCCUUUUUGGGGUUCCAGGAUUCAUGCAGAGGAGCAGCUAUACAGCAGGAAUGAUAAAGGAGAAGAUGAAACAAUUCAUUUCCUUAGAGUUACACUUGCAGAAUGAAGAGUGAUUUCACCCCUUUGUCCUUUUUCACUCCUUCCCUGCCCCCCUCCCCUGCAGUUAGUCCUCUUCACAGGUCCU